UCUAUCACAAUGCCAUCAAUCUCCUUCACCGCUUCUCCGAUCACCGUCUUCUCCGCCGUUCCCCGCCGGCUCCACUCCGCCGGCUCCACCACCACCACCACCUCCGGCGAACCCUCACCAGACUUCAUCUACAACCGUUCAAUACCUUCCAUCCGAUGGCCCAACCUCAAUCUCACCGACUAUUCCCCUUCCUCUCCUCCCUCUCCCUCCCAUCCCCCAAUCGGAUCCACCUCCAGACCCGAAUCCGAAUCAGAUCCGAACCCGCUUCCCGCCGCCGAGCCACUUGACUCCAAACGCAGCCGAACCCGCGCCAAAAAGCUGAACAAGCUGGCUCUGAAGCGAGCCAAAGACUGGCGCCAGCGCGUCGAGCUCUUAUCAGGUCGGAUCCUCGCCCUCAACCCAUCCGAAUUCGUCGCCGACAUCCUCGACUCACGUGCCGUGCAGAUGACCCCCACCGACCUCUGCUUCGUCGUCAAAACCGUCGGCCACGUCAACUGGCGCCGCUCUCUCGAGGUCUUCGAAUGGCUCACCCUCCACCGCCGCCACUCCCCCGGCCCUCGCCUCCUCUCCACCAUUCUCUCCGUCCUCGGCCGCGCUCGCCAAACCCUCAUCGCCGAGGAACUCUUCGCUCGCUGCGCCGACCCGGAGUCCAACCCCUCCGCCGUCGCCGUCCAGGUUUAUAAUGCCAUGAUGGGCGUCUACGCCCGCGCCGCCCGUUUCAACGACGUCCAGAAGCUUCUUGAAGAGAUGAAGUCCCGGAGCAUCGCCCCUGAUCUUGUGAGCUUCAACACUCUCAUCAAUGCCAAGGCGAAGGCCGGCCUUAUGGUUCCUGGCUCUGCUCGUGAGCUUCUCCAGCAAGUCCGCAAUGCUGGGCUUCGUCCCGAUACCAUCACUUUCAAUACUCUUAUUAGUGCUUGCUCGCAUAGUUUGAGCUUCAGUGAGGCAGUGGAGGUCUUUGAGAGCAUGGAGGCUUCGAAAUGCCUGCCGGAUUUGUGGACUUAUAAUGGUAUGGUGUCUGUUUAUGCUCGCUGUGGUAUGGCAAGGGAUGCCCGCAGGGUGUUUGAUGAAUUGGGUCAGAGAGGUUUUUCACCGGAUGCUGUCACUUAUAAUGCUUUGUUAUAUGCAUUUGCGAGAGAUGGUGAUGUUGAGGAGGUUGAGAGAGUUUGUGAGCAAAUGGUGAAUGCUGGAUUCAAGAAGGAUGAGAUUACUUAUAAUACGAUGAUACAUAUGUAUGGGAAAAUGGGGAUGUUGGAUUUGGUUGUGGAGUUGUAUCGAGAGAUGAGAGAGGAUGGAUGUAGUCCUGAUGCUGUGACAUAUACAGUGUUGAUUGAUUCGUUGGGGAAGGCUGAUAAGGUGACGGAGGCGGAGAGGGUGAUGGGGGAGAUGGUGGAGGCUGGGGUGAGGCCGACACUGAGGGCAUAUAGUGCUUUGAUUUGCGGGUAUGCAAAGGCUGGCAUGCGAGAUGAGGCGGUUCGCACAUUUGAGCUUAUGAGGAAGUCAGGGAUCAAGCCCGACAAUUUAGCUUAUUCGGUGAUGGUGGAUAUUCUUUUGAGGUCUAACGAUGUGAGGAAGGCAAUGGUGUUGUAUAGGGAGAUGAUGCGGGAUGGGUUUAGGCCAGAUAAGGGACUUUAUGGUGUUAUGCUUGGCGUUCUUGCGAAGGAGAGUAAAGAUGAGGAGAUUAGAGAGGUUGUUAGGGACAUGGAGGAGUCUGGGUUCAGCUCGAAAGUGAUUUUGUCAAUUCUUGUAAAAGGGGAGUGCUUCUUUAAAGCUGCCGAAGUUUUGAAACGUGCUGUUGAUGCAGGAUUUGAGCCCGAAAGAGAGAAUUUGUUUUCUAUCAUGAAUGCAUUCGUUUCAUCAGGCAGGCAUGCUGAGAUGCAUGAUUUACUCAAUUUUUUAAAGGAAAAUGCGCCCAAUUCACAUACUUUGAUAGCAGAAGCUACGAUUUUCAUGUUGUGCAAGAUCAUCAAAGCAGAAGCUGCUAUAGCAGAGUACAAUAAGGUGAGGGUGUGCAACUUUGAAUCCAUUGGUGCUAGUUAUAACAUGUAUGAAAGCUUGAUCAUCUGCUGUGAAGAGACUGAGUUCUUCCAUGAAGCUUCUCAAAUAUUUUCAGACAUGAAAUUUCUUGGGCUGGAACCUUCUUGGAAGAUUUAUGAGAGUGUGAUCAAUAUUUUCUGCAAGAUGGGUUUUCCGGAAACAUCACAUCACUUGGUUAAUCAGGCCGAAAGAGCUGGCAUUGCAAUCAAUCUUUCUAUUUAUGUUAAUUUGAUAGAGACGUAUGGCAGGCUAAAGAUGUGGCAGAGAGCAGAAAGCAUUGUUGAGGAUCUCAGAUUACGGUCACUAGUUGAUAGGAAAAUCUGGAAUGCUCUGAUAAAUGCAUACGCUGCAAAUGGCCGCUAUGAGCAGGCAAGGGCAAUCUUCAAUACCAUGAUGAAAGAUGGUAUUCAGCCUACCAUUGAUUCUGUUAAUGGCCUCAUGCAAGCAUUGAUUGUUGACGGGAGGCUAGAUGAACUCUACGUUGUUGUUCAGGAGCUGCAAGAUAUGGACUUCAAAAUUAGCAAAAGUACAGUUCUGAUGAUGCUGGAUGCCUAUGCAAGAGUCGGGAAUAUCUUUGAGGUGAAGAAGAUCUACAAUGGCAUGAAGGCUGCAGGAUAUUUGCCCACAAUGCAUCUGUAUAGGAGUAUGCUUGCUUUGUUGUGCCGUGGAAAACGAUUGAGAGAUGUUGAACUGAUGUUAGCUGAGAUGGAAGGCAUUGGUUUUAAGCCUGACCUUUCCAUUUUCAACUCACUUCUCAAAAUGUACACUGGAGUGGAAGAUUUUAAGAAGACAGUGGAGACUUACAGGAAAAUGCAAGAAGCAGGGUACAAACCUGAUGAGGACACUUACAACACUCUUAUAGUGAUGUACAGCAGGGACAGGAGGCCUGAAGAAGGGUUUUCUCUUCUAAAUGAUAUGAAGAAACAGGGUUUGGAGCCCAAGAUGGAUACAUACAAAAGCUUAUUAGCUGCAUGUGCUAAGGAACAACUGUGGGAACAGGCUGAGGAACUCUUUGAGAAUAUGAGAUCAAAAGUUUGCAUACAGGAUCGGUUAAUUUACCAUAUUAUGAUGAAGAUAUAUAGAGACUCCGGAGACCAUUCUAAAGCUGAGAAUGUGCUUUCUCUGAUGAAAGAAGCUGGUGUACAGCCAUCACUUGCUACGAUGCACCUGCUUAUGGUUUCAUAUGGCUCAGGUGGGCAUCCUCAGGAAGCAGAGAACAUUCUCAAUAACUUGAAAGCAUCUGGGAUGGAGCUCAGUACACUGCCUUUCAGUUCUGUUAUUGAUGCUUACCUGAAGAAGGGAGAUUAUAACAUGGGAAUUACAAAACUUCUGGAGAUGAAGAGAGAUGGUGUGGAGCCAGAUCAUAGAAUCUGGACUUGUUUUAUCAGGGCUGCAAGUAGAUGUGAGCAAACUGAUGAUGCAAUGUUGCUCCUAAAUGCACUGCAGGAGAAUGGUUUUGAUAUUCCGAUCAGGCUGCUGACAGAGAAAGCUGACUCACUGAUUGUGGAGGUGGACCGGUUGCUUGAAGAUUUGGGGCCUAUGGAAGAUAAUGCUGCGUUUAACUUUGUCAAUGCAGUUGAAGAUCUACUGUGGGCAUUUGAAAGACGAGCGACUGCAUCAUGGGUUUUGCAAUUGGCUAUCAAGAAAAGCAUUUACCGCCACAAUUUGUUCCGGGUUGCUGAGAAAGAUUGGGGAGCUGAUUUCAGGAAACUCUCUGGCGGUGCCGCUCUUGUUGCUCUUACUUUAUGGCUUGAUCUCAUGCAAGAUGCAUCACUGCAGGGGAUUCCAGAGUCACCAAAGUCUGUUGUAUUAAUAACAGGGGGUGCAGAAUACAACAUGGUGUCUCUAAAUAAAACACUGAAAGCCUAUCUUUGGGAGAUGGGAUCACCGUUUCUGCCUUGCAAAACUCGUGACGGGCUCCUUGUGGCAAAGGCUCACUCCCUUAGGAUGUGGCUGAAGGACUCGUCCUUCUGUCUUGACCUAGAGUUGAAGGAUGCAAUAUCUCUGCCUAAAACAAACUCAAUGAAGCUCACAGAUGGAUAUUUCAUGAGAGCUAGUUUAGUUCAGGCUUUCAAUGAUAUACAUGAACAACUGGGGCAGUUGCGGCCAAAGAAGUUUGCACAGUUGGCUUUGUUGCCUAAAGAAACCAGGGACAAGGUUAUGAAAACCCAAUUAGAACGCAGCCGGGAAAAACUGGAAAAAAUGAGGGAAAGGGGUCUUGUUAGAGCAAGGAAGCCGACAAAAUUUCGCACAAGAAAAUUUAUGAGAAGACAACAUAAGGCUCAUGAGAUGGCUACACAAGGUUCUUAAGAAAUCAAGCAUUUGAACUCUUCUAUUCAUCAAAUUAGAAGGAAGGUCAUGGAACUCACUGCCUAAAUGAUCAUAUCCUCUUUUCUUCCUCCAGAACACAAGUGCUUUGCCCUG